AUGGCUGAGGCCUCGCUCCCAGAGCUGGGGGAAGACACCAAAGCCACACCUUGCUCCAGUGUCCUGGAGCUGGAGGAGCUCUUGAGGGAGGGGAAAGUCUCUUGCAGUCGAGUAGAUGAAGUCUGGCCCAACCUUUUCAUAGGAGAUGCGGCCACGGCAAAUAACCGCUUUGAGCUGUGGAAGCUGGGCAUCACCCAUGUGCUGAACGCUGCCCACGGAGGCCUCUACUGCCAGGGUGGUCCUGACUUCUACGGCAGCAGUGUGACCUACCUGGGGGUGCCAGCCCAUGACCUCCCUGACUUCGACAUCAGUGCCUACUUCACCUCCACAGCUGACUUCAUCCACCGUGCCCUCAGCACUCCUGGGGCCAAGGUCCUGGUGCACUGUGUGGUGGGUGUGAGCCGCUCUGCCACACUGGUCCUGGCCUACCUCAUGCUGUACCAGCAGUUGCCCCUGCGCCAGGCAGUGAUCACUGUACGGCAGCACCGAUGGGUCUUCCCCAACCGAGGCUUCCUCCGCCAGCUCUGCCAGCUGGACCAGCAGUUGUAUGGUGCAGGCCGGAGCUGA